GCGUGUUACAUGGAACUCAUACUUACUUAUUACAAACUGACAAAGGACAAAUCAAAGACACAGAUAGUAUCAGCGCCGGGUUAGAUUAUCCCGGUGUUGGUCCUGAACAUUCUUUUUUAAAAGAUGAUGGCCGUGUUGAAUACGUUGCAGUCACUAACAAAGAUGCUUUAAUUGGAUUUAAAAAGAUGUCAGAGCUUGAGGGUAUUAUUCCGGCUCUUGAAACAAGCCACGCAAUCUAUGAAGCCAUAGAACGUGCAUCCAAAAUGCGCAAAGAUCAGGAUAUUCUUUUAUGUGUCAGUGGUCGUGGCGAUAAAGACGUUCAAUCUGUUGCGAAAGCAUUGCCAGAAUAUGGUCCUCAGAUCGGAUGGGAUUUACGGAUUGAAGAUAUUUA